AUGUUUACCAAAUAUCCUAAAGCUGAAACAGAGCCAUCAUUGAUGAUGUUAACCAUACCGACGGUUUAUGAUAGUAACUUUAAAGUUCAUCUUGAUUCGUGGUAUUUCUGUGAUGCCAAGACCAGUGCUCAAUUAGAUCACACCAUGAAUUAUCGACGAAAACACAUUUGUUUAGAACUUUCUCGUGUUUGUCAUGAUAAAUUACUAUUUGAUUUACAAACAUUUUCAUUUAACAGUGAAAAUGGAAGCGUCACCGGUUUUAUUCGAUGGAUACCAAAGAUGAUUUCGAAUAAUUCACGCAACAAAAACAAAAUUAUCGGCAUUGAUGAUUUUCAGACAUUAGCCAAUUUAGAUCCAAUACCUUUAACUACGGCACGACUGAGACAGGUUUUACAAAAAGAUGAUCGCAUGUCCAUCGCUGAUGAUAACGAGCUUCUGGAAAAUAAAGAAGAAUACGAUUUUGAUACGGAAGCAGGCGAUAUUGAAGACAAUGAGGAUAAAUACAAAGCUAUGAAUGAGGCACCCACCACUCCCAUCAAUCAAUCUUGGUCAAUACAAGAUCUUGCUGAUGGAGAGAGAGAUUCUCAACUGGGUUCGUCGGCAUCUUCAACGACGAUAAGCAAAUCCGACGCUUCAGAUGAUCUGGGUGACAAACGAAUGGAUGAUUUUAUCAAUGAAGCAGCAGCAAAAGUUCGUUCAUCACAACAAAAUCGUUUAGA